UAAGAUGAGCACUCACAACGACAGCCUCGGGUGGGCCAAUGGCUCCGGCAACUUCAGCCUCGAGGAGCCGGAGAACCAGUUCAUCCUCCCCUGGUGGAAGCAGCUCAUCUGGACCUUCCUCUUCGCCGGCAUGGUCAUCGUGGCCACCGGGGGCAACCUCAUCGUCAUCUGGAUCGUCCUGGCCCACAAGAGGAUGAGGACCGUCACCAACUACUUCUUGGUGAACCUGGCCAUCGCCGACGCAAUGGUCUCCAGCCUCAACGUCACCUUCAACUACACCUACAUGGUCAACAGCGAUUGGCCCUUCGGUCGCCCCUAUUGCAAGAUCAGCCAGUUCGUCGCCGUUCUCUCGAUAUGUGCCAGCGUCUUCACUCUCAUGGCCAUCUCCGUUGACAGGUACAUGGCGAUCAUGCACCCCCUGAGACCCCGGAUGGGAAGGAGGAUGACGCUCUGCAUCGCCGCUGGGAUCUGGGUCAUCGGUUCGGCCUUCUCCCUCCCGAUGCUCAUCUUCUUCACGACGUACACCCAGGACUUCACCAACGGCGACCAGAGGGUCAUCUGCUAUGCCGAGUGGCCCGAUGGCUCCACGACAGAGAGCUACCAAGAGUAUCUAUACAAUGUCCUGUUUAUGGUGAUGACUUACUUCAUUCCAAUUGGUUCGAUGGGCUACACCUAUGUUAGGGUAGGCAUCGAACUCUGGGGAAGUCAGAGUAUUGGCGAAUGCACUCAACGCCAGCUGGAAAAUAUCAAGUCUAAAAGAAGGGUGGUAAAAAUGAUGAUGGUGGUAGUAGCAAUAUUUGCAGUUUGUUGGCUCCCUUUCCACAUAUACUUCAUCAUUACGUCACACAUGCCAGAAAUCAUCAACCUUCCAUACAUACAAGAAGUAUAUUUAGCGAUAUACUGGCUAGCCAUGUCCAACUCAAUGUACAAUCCUAUGAUAUAUUUUUGGAUGAAUACCAGGUUUAGACGUGGUUUCAAACAAUUCUUUUCAUGGUGCCCAUACGUUCAAGUACCUCCAGAAGGUUUAACUCGAAGGGAAGCAGUCACCACGAGAUUCAAUUAUUCUUGCUCAGGUUCACCAGAAGCCAACUAUCGCAUCAACAGAAAUGGAACUUUACAACGGACCUCAAUGGCUAACUCAUCAUUUGAAACUGAGAAGACAAUUUGUGAAAGCUACAGCUAUGCUAGUUUUAAAAGGAAAAGAUGGAAUUCUAACGACCCUUCUUGACAGGAACCUCGCAUCAGACGGACAAAUUCAUCAGGACAAACAUGGAUCUAACUGGCUAGUGAUGCUGGUUUAUUUUUAAGCACACUCAAAUUAUAAGUUUACUUAUUUAUGAAAAAACUCUUAAGUUAAUUUUUUUAUCUUUGAUUACAAUUUAUAUUUCCGUGUUUAUAGUAGUUAAUGAUGUAAAACCUUUAUUAAAACAGUUGCCAAGUAAUGGAGGUUGUUGAGAGGAGAGGGAAAUGAAAGUUUCGUAUUUGAUUUCAUAAAUUUUACAUUAAUGUGAGACGGUAGUCACAAAAGGGAUACAAAGUCCACAAAGUGAAAAAUAAAAAUAAGACAUUUACAUUUUCAUUAAUAUGAAGAAAAAAAUUAUUAUAGUUUACAAGUAUUUCGUUAGAACACUUGAAACAAUACUUUCUUCAUUAUGAGGCAAAUAAUAGAAAAACCUAUUUUUUUAUCUUCAAAUCUCCAUCCGAAUCUUUCAUGAUAGUGACAAUUAGCAGAUAUGUUGUUAUGUUAGAAAAUGGCAUUUUAGGCAUUAGGAAGAAUAGCACCCAGCAGCACCUCUUCCCUGGUGUUUGUUUACUUUCUUAAAUUAGAAAGGGAGAUCUCUCAUCCUGCUUCUUUUCAGUCAGCUUCUGAUGAGCAUGUCAGUUGUAGCCAUGUCGUAUAUAAUAAUAUAAGUAAAUGUAUUGAAGGUGACAAAAAUUAUUUUGAACAAAAAUAAAAUUAUAUUGACAGUUGACUGUCAUAGAUAUAUUGAAGAGAAAUUGGUUGGGGUUUUCUUUGUCUCUUGACACUUUUCGAGGUAACAGCCUUGUUCAAGGCCUGAAACAUUGGCACAAAGGAAAUAAAAAUAAAUAUAAUUUAUUUAGUUUUACUUUGUAUGUUUACUGACAUUUUAUGAAAAUCCCAACUUCUCUUCAGAAAUAAAAUUAUUUAAGUUGUUUUUUCUUUAAUUUGCUUCAUACCCUAGGAACAGACAUUUCAUACAUUCCAACCCAAUAAAAAUCCAAAUUUAUUAUUAUUAAAUUAAAUAUAUUAUAUUAACUGUCAGUUUAUUUCAAUAAUGAUAAUGACAAAUAAAACACCUAGUAGAAAACUUAAUAUAAAAAUCUAUUCUUAUCCCUCUCCUUUUUUAGCCACAAUUUAAUAUAGGUUUUACUUUUAAAAUAAGUACUUCUGUUCCUCCAUCAAAGAGGCAUUUAUUUACAGGAAUUGAUAACAAUACUCAAUCAAAAAAUAAAAUAACCUGCUUUUAAAACUAUUAAUAACUUAGUAACAAGGAAAAAAAAAACUAACUAGUUAACAUGACAUAAUUGAGUUGUUGGAUUGAGGUCACAACUUAAUAAAUAAUAAUUUAACUUGUAAAAAAUAACAUUACGUAACAAAAUAAUAAUUUGUUCUUUGAUUAUUUCAUCUCUUCCUAAGGUAUUUAAUCAUUUAAAACAAAUAAAUGUGGAACGAGAUUCUGAUUAAAUGGAGGAGCAGAUGAACAUAAUUUUUUUUUGAAAACUUUUUUUAUUGAAAGACUGCUUUGUUUCUUAGUCUAUGUAUUUUUUUUUUUUUUUUUUUUUUUUUUUUUUGUUUUGGUAGUACAUAUAAAUUCUGAAAUCACUAUUAAACCCCUUUCUUCCUCAAAAACAAAUAAAUAACUAUUUACAUAUACUUAAUGUAAACUGUAUUUAGAAUUAUACGUACGCAUAUACAAUGCUAAAAAUGAAUGCAAUUUAUGACUAAAUGUAUGGGUCAAAUGUAAAAUAGCUUUAAUCCAACGAGUGAGCCUAUUUGAACCCUUGUUAUGUCCCUAUAAUAAUAAUCCAAAUGCCAGUAUAUAUGUGCCAAUAUACGGCAGUAUAUACGCCAUAAUACGGCAGAAGAAUCUCUUUGAUAAUUUAAGAUAUCGUUGUAAAAUGAUUUCGGUACAGACAAUGUCUAAGACAUUUUUUGUAAAUAUAUGUAUUCUUGAACUGCUACAUAUCAAUCAAAUAUUGGUGUUGUAACCCUAUUCUUGUAAAUUAAAUCAUUACUGUAUUUGUAUUCUUCGUGAAUGUAAACAGUUGAAGCCCAUACAGGUUGUAAAUCUGUACUUUUUUGUAUAACCUCGCUCGUAUUAUAUUAUCAUUCUAAACAUUAAAUAAUUGUAAUUUUACUAUUUUUAACACCCUUGAAGUUAUAUAAUCCAUGAUUUCUACAAAUUAUAUUACAUUUUUUAUAACUGACAGAAAUCUUUAUAAUGCAUUUAUACAGUUCUUUUUUUGUCAAACGAAUUCCGUUGUUUCAUGCUGUACACUUUCAUUGCUGCGACAUUGUCACCCUUGUUAGACAGUAGUUAAGGGUGCUCAUUAAAUAAAAAUUUCAAGUAGUGAAAUGUACUGUAAAUUUGUGGACCAAAAUUUUAUGAAGCUAUAAUUUUAAUUUGUUUUUCACAUAAAAUAAAUGCAAAUAAUAAUAUAGGAAACUUAAAAUUACAAUAUGAUCUUUAGAAAUUUUAUUUUCAAAAAUAGAAAAUUAAACAAAAAAUAAUUUUACAAGAGUGAUGUUUAAUCCAUGGGCUUCUUCUGUCUUUUAUGAAAAAAAAAGUUUAUAAAAAUCAUUCUUUGUUCAUAUAUUUAAAAUGUACAGAAGAUCUCCUAUUUACUUUCCAGGUAUUCCAAACGCUUUUUUGCAGUUUAUUUCUUUUUUCCAUUUCUUUAGCCAUAAAUUCUCCUUGAUCAAAUCUACGAUCAAUAAUAUUCCGUUUGUUAAAAAAAAAAAAGAAGUAAUAAUACGUAAAAAUAUUAAGUUGUUGACCGUAGCUAAAAUGGUAUUUAAGCAGAAAACAAUACCAUGUUAAGCAAUGCCUAUUUAACUAUUAAAUAAUUACUAAUAUUGAAUCAUUUCAUUAAUUGUAUAAUUCCACUUAUCUUCAAAUGCUUGUUUUAAAACAAUAACUGUUUCUUUGAACAGUUUUUAGUUUCCAUUUUAGGGGAUCUUACUGUAGUUAUCUUCCAUUUUAAAUCAGAUAUAAAAGUAGAAAGGUAAGUAUGUAAAAAUAACAAUUUCAAUUUAUGUCUCUUUAAUGCUUUUCAAAAUGUUUAAAAAUAUAAAGACCAUAAUACACUGAGGCAAAAAAAAUGACCAGUUUUUGUUGUUUUCUAUUGAAGGAAUAAUUAAUAUAUUUAUCAUGUUUUUAAAAAAAAAUCAAGUUUAAACAAAAAAAAAAAGUUUUUUACGUUUUUUAAUUCUAUAUAUAUUUUUAAUACUCUUCCUUUAGAAUUACACUUAAAGUGUUCCAGGUAGAGUUCGAUGUGAAUUAAUCCAUCGAUAAAUGUUCAAUAGAUUGUAAAUCUGGACUAAAUGGUCAUUCAUUCAAAAAUCAGAUCAAAGUAUUAUCAUGAUAUCUAUAUGUAGUUACAUGUUAGUAUUUUUUAUUUUAUUUUUGUUUUUUGCGCCUCAGUGUUGUAUUUUUAUGUACAAAUAAAUAUAUUUAUUUUUUGUUCUAAUAUUACAUAUACAUAACAACUUGUUUGUAAAAUAAUAUAUGUCACACAACUAUAUGAUUAAGGAUAUUUUGCAUUUUUAAAGUCAUAACAUGUAAAUAUUCAUUAUACAUAAUUACAUUAUUUGUGAAUAUAUAUAUUUUACAAUAUAUCUCAAUGUAUUAUAUGAUUAUUCUUUUAUUUUGAAUUUAUUGUUAAAAAAAAUAUGUAAAUAUAUAAAUGUAUAAAUGUAUGUCUGUGUAAACUUAUAAAGUUAUAGUACUACAAUCCACCAUUAGAUGAAAUAUCAUGGGAAAAUAAGCGCUUUUGACUGUUUGGAUGAUAUUCUCUUCUUAUUCUCCAUAAUGAAAAUAAACGAAUCUGUAAUGACGUCAUGUGAACAUAUAAAUGUCCUAUGUUCCUUUAUUUUCAAAUAAAAAGGUUUAUUUCUCAUAAAUAGUUGUUAAUUUUUCCUUAAAGAAACUGUUUAAUCUGAAAUAUUUGUUAAACAAUGUAUUCAUGUAGUCAAAAAUACCCAAAUGAAUCAUGAAAUAAAGAUCAUUCCACUUUUUUUUUUUUUAGUAAAAAUUUUAAAUCAAAUACUUAGUAUUGGACCAUCUUAAUAAUAUUAAAGAUUGUCCAGGUGACAGAAUGACCCCAAAAAUAGUAGAAACUAUUAGGAAUGACCUGCUGGAUUGCUGGAGAAGGUUGACAGUACUGGAAGGUUGCAACAAUAAUAAUAAGAAAAUACCUACUUACCGAAUUCUUGAAUUUUGAAACAGAAAUGUAUAUAGAUAUAAAGUAAACUGAAUAUAAAUGUGUUGAG